UAAGAGUGCUUUUAGAGAUCAUUUUGCCACUAUCAGCUGAAAAAGAAGUCAGCAAUUCUUAUAUCAAACAAUUCAACGCACCGAUAACUUUCAGCCAUGAAAUGAUCCCACACAUCCACUAACCUCGUGGAACUCUCCAACCUUUUAAACUUAAAGUGCCACCCACCCAGUUGUUUUAAGGGUACUGUGUCGCCUUUUAAGCUUUGAUCAGUUCUAAUAACAAAACAAAGGCAAAACUUCAUUUCUUAUUAGUCUGAGGGGGAAAGGAAAAGGAGAGCCAUGUACUCUUUGUCGGUUCUCCCCACCUAACUCAUUCUUUGUGUGCUUUUAGUUCAUCAACUCAUUACUUCUCUUUUACUAUAUGGGUGGGUCUCUUCUUUUCUUUUGAAGUAGUGUAAGUUGUGACAUGUACACUGUAGGGUAGUUUGUUCCUUCAAGUCUUCUACUCAUGUUUUGUAUCGUAAUGCCAUUUGAGUUUUUACUACUUUUUUUCAAUACAUAUCCUCCUUCACUUGGAUGGUCGGGUGAGAGUUGAGAGAUAUUACGAGGGGAUCUUUCAGUCUCUUUACAGGUGAAAAUGGGGAUGCAGCUGGAGGGUUUUUUGCUGGUGAUCAUGUUCCUAGUUGUUGGUGCUUUGUCUGUUCUUGGAUCUCCAGUUCCAGUUGCACCGUCACCAAGCAGAAUGCCCCAAGAGCCCCCUACUGCUUCCCCAAUCAGGCCAAGCCAACAGCCAUCCGUUCAACCAGACCCUGCCUUCUAUUCAAAGCAAGCUCCUUCCAACCUCGGUCGGGGAAGACAUGGAAACAAAGGUGUCACACCUUCUUACAAAGCGUCCCACAUUUCAUCAUCAUGGGGUCAGUCUCCAACUAAAGUUGUAGCUCCUCAUCCACACCAUGCCGUUAGGCCUUCAAGUAUUGCACUUGCACCUUCUAUUUCAUCUUUUGGAACUCCUGCACACGAAUGGGCUCACAGACCUGCAUAUUCUCCUUCAAUCUCAAAUCACAGACACCAUGGUCGUGGAAGGAACCAUGUCAAAAUUCCUGAAUCAUCCUACCGAAUCCCUCCCCCUGAAUAUAACCCACUUGGCCCUUCUGCCUCUCCAUUUCCAUCAAUGAGCUGGGAGUCUCCUGUUCCUGCCUUAUCACCUGCAAGCAAUUUUACCAUGCGCUCUCAUUCACCUGCAAUGUCUCCUUUUGAUCCAUCCUUGAAGAAGUUGAAGGCUCCACCACCAUUACAGAUUCUGACUCUGCCUCCUCCACCUCCUAAUGAAGAUUGUGCAUCACUAACAUGUUCAGAGCCAUUAACAUAUACGCCUGCUGGAUCACGCUGUGGUUGUGUGUGGCCAAUUCAAGUUAAACUCCGUUUUAGGGUCGCAAUAUACACAUUCUUCACUUUGGUUACAGAGUUAGCUGAGGAAAUUGCAGCAAGUGUUGCACUAAACCACAGCCAAGUCCGCAUCAUGGGAGCAAAUGCCGCUAGUCAGGAGCUAGAGAAAAGCACUGUUCUCAUCAACCUGGUUCCACGAGGAGUAAAAUUUGAUGAUUCUUCUGCAUUUUCAAUCUACAAGAAAUUUUGGAACAGACAGGUUCUCAUAAAGCCUUCUCUCUUUGGUGCCUAUGAAGUAUUAUACGUUCGCUAUCCAGGUCUUCCACCAUCUCCACCUUCACUUGAGAGCACUUCUACUGUUGAUGACGGACCAUAUACCGGCCAUGAUAACAAUGGAAGGACAAAUAAACCUUUAGGAGUUGAUGUACCAAGGAGGAAAAAUAAGGGGCUUGGUGGAAGCAUGGUGGCUGUAAUAGUUCUCUCUUCUUUCACUGUCUUGGUUAUAUGCAUGGCAAUUGCUUGGCUUUUGCUGUUGAAAUGUGGAACUCAGGUUCAUGAACCUCAACAUGUUCUACAGGAAUUAGAGUCCUCACCAGUAAAAGGGUCAGGGGCUACUGGGCCUACAAUUUUUGGAAGUAUGCCCACUUCUGAAUCUAUGUCCCUCAGCUCUGGGGCAAUGGCAUAUACGGGAUCUGCAAAGACAUUUACUUUGAAUGACAUAGAGAGAGCCACCAAUAGCUUUGAUGCUUCACGAAUCCUCGGAGAAGGUGGAUUUGGGCUUGUCUACAGUGGCUUGUUAGAUGAUGGAAGAGAAGUGGCUGUGAAGGUCUUAAAGAGAGAUGACCAGCACGGUGGCCGUGAAUUCUUGGCAGAAGUUGAGAUGCUCAGCCGUCUGCAUCACAGAAACCUUGUUAAAUUGGUUGGUAUUUGUACAGAAGGCCAUACCCGUUGCCUGGUGUAUGAACUUAUUCCAAAUGGAAGUGUCGAAUCAUAUUUACAUGGAGUUGACCAGGAAACAGAUCCACUUGACUGGGAUGCCCGGAUGAAGAUUGCCCUAGGUGCAGCUCGGGGCCUAGCAUAUUUGCAUGAAGACUCAAGCCCCAGCGUGAUUCAUCGAGACUUCAAGUCUAGUAACAUACUGUUAGAACCUGAUUUUACACCUAAAGUUUCAGAUUUUGGCUUGGCUAAGGCAGCAGUGGAUGGGGGAAAUAAGCACAUAUCAACACAUAUUAUGGGAACUUUUGGUUAUUUGGCACCAGAGUAUGCAAUGAUGGGUCACCUUCUGGUGAAGAGUGAUGUUUACAGCUAUGGUGUAGUCCUCCUUGAGCUCCUAACCGGACGAAAACCUGUAGAUUUGUCUCAACCACCAGGUCAAGAAAAUCUUGUUGUGUAUGCUCGCCCACUCCUCACAUGCAAGGAGGGCUUAGAAGCGAUAGUAGACCCAACUAUAAGGUCCUCCGUCUCAUUUGAUACCAUCACCAAAGUAGCAGCAAUUGCAUCAAUGUGUGUGCAACCAGAAGUUUCUCACCGGCCUUUUAUGGGUGAAGUGGUUCAGGCCCUGAAGCUUGUUUGUAAUGAGUUUGAUGAAGCAAAUAUGCAGAGGUCAAGAAGUUGCAGCCAUGAGAAUCUUAUUGAUUUAGAAUGUAAGGAUGAAGUUUCAGGUGAGAACAUGGAAAGUUCACAGCCCCCUCACCCUGUGCCAUUAUCGAAAUCUGAUUUGUUGACAACAUCUAUGGGAUUUGAGGGUCAAGAAUUUGGGUCCUUUAGGAGACAUGCUAGCGCAGGAACUUUGAGAAUAGGAAGAAGGCAUUUCUGGCAGAGAUUAAGAAAUUUAUCCAGAGGCACCAUGAGUGAGCAUGAAUUUUCUUUAAAAUUAUGGCCAUGAACCACUUAUGUGGUGCAAAUCCAGUAAGCUCUUUCGCUGUGGUUAAGUGGGCUUCCUUGACUAAACAAGCGAAAAAAAUCUGUUCCACAGGUGGAUGCAAGACGCGGUCCUGUGCAUCUUGCAAAGAGCUUGGGAAAACCCCACAUAGACUUUUCUUUAUUGAAUGUCAAUGAAAGCUUAAAAGCCAGCAACGAAGAUGAACUUUUGUGCCUUCCAGAUUCAAUUAUGCAACCGUUAGCACAAUGGGAUACAAUGCCAUGGACCUUAUUGUAAAUAUUGGUUUCUUUCGACUGGCAAUGCAUUCCCAGCUUUUCAGGGUUCCGUUCUUGCUGCAUAAA